AAAAAAUGAUAGAGCUCAAUAUAUACAAGAGUCUGGCCCAUGAACACGCGAACUAUCUUAUCCUGGAAAGGCUUUUUUCAGUUCCCAGGUUUGAAGUUUCCAGCUCUCACCUGGUUUGGCAGGCGUAGGGAUGGACUAGUUGGGUCUGUGCAGACAGCACACACAGCUCACACACUCGUCAAUUGAUGGCUCCUCCUUCCUUCUCCUUCUGCUCCUCUCUUCUCCCCUCGUGUGUUUCCAUCCGCUGCUUCUCCCUCCGUGCACUUCCACACCUUCCUUUACCUUCCAAUUCUCGCCGCAGUCGCCGCCGCCGUCUCGGUCGCUCUUCUUCCUCCCCACCGGGCGGCUCAUCCUUCCGGCCAGCCGCCAAUUCCCGCCUUCCGCUCAGCGACGACAGUUCUAAUGGCAUCUCAUAUCAAAUCGUAGGUAGUGGCAGAUGUUCUGAAUCUUCUGCAAGGAGAAGCUUUAUUUCUUUGGGAACUCUUGCUAUCCUACUUCCUCACCUUCAGGUGGCACUAGGGGUCGAGCACGACGAAGCAUCUGCUAUUCGAAACGGAUUGAGGAGUGUUUUAUCCAAGGGCAAGGCUGCCGGCAUGCUUCGUUUGGCCUUUCACGAUGCAGGGACGUUCGACAUUGACGGCAAUUCGGGCGGUAUGAACGGCUCUAUCAUUUACGAGCUCGAGAGACCUGAAAAUGCUGGCCUUAAUAAAUCUGUCAAGAUAUUAGAGAAAACAAGGAGAGAGAUUGAGAACAUUCGACACGUGUCGUGGGCGGAUUUAAUUGCCGUGGCUGGUGCUGAGGCUGUUUCGCUGUGUGGAGGGCCCGCAAUUCCAAUUAGACUAGGCCGAAUUGAUGCAAGGUUCAAAACUACUCCUCUUGCCGAUCCUCAGGGGAAGCUUCCCCAGGAAUCACUAGAUGCCUCCGGCUUAAAGAGUUGCUUUCAGAAGAAAGGAUUCUCGGCACAAGAGUUGGUUGUACUAUCAGGAGCGCACACGCUUGGAGGCAAGGGCUUUGGAAACCCUGUUGUUUUCGACAACGCCUACUUCAAAAUACUUCUCGAGAAACCUUGGAACUCAAAUACUGGAAUGUCGAGCAUGAUAGGGUUACCAUCGGAUCGUGCGCUUGUUGAGGAUGAUGAAUGUCUAAGGUGGAUCAGAAUUUAUGCAGCUGAUCAAGACAAAUUCUUCGAUGACUUCAAGAAUACCUACAUCAAACUUGUAAACUGUGGCGCUUCAUGGAAAACCACCUAGGAAGCAUGCCAUGAGCACUUUGAUGUUAUGUUCUCUUCUCUGGUUUACUCAUGUAAGAUUCCAAGUCAAUAUGUUCAGAUCUUGAUCAGCAUGGCUUCAAGAGCAAGUUCAUUGACUACACGCAACCGAGCAGUGCUUAACAUAGCGAUGGAUGGAGAAUCUUAAUAGAAUUUGCACCUUUAUACUAAUCUCUUAUUUUCGAUAUCUGUUGUUUAAGUUUUUUUGCUAUCUUUAACACAAAUGUUUUACAUGUUUAUUGCUCACUAGGUGGCUCGCGAUCAGGCACGACGAAUACUUGAUCGUCAAGUUUGGGGAAUCAUCUGCUUUUUCGCUGUAUAUCACUAGAUUUAUCUGUAUAAAGUUGAGUUCAACUUUUCCUUCUUGUAAGGUUUUAUUAAGUGUUAAAUCUGAGAACUGGAUACAUUAGUUAUCACCAGUGAAAUAGUAUUCAUUUUUUUUUUUCCCUUAA